UAAUGUUAAUACCUCAAUACCAACUAUGAGCUACAGCAAAAGUCGCUUAGUAUAUUUACUUGGUAUUUUUUAUAUUUAUGAGAGAGUUUUUAUUUAAAAGUGUUCACAAAUACGAUCAUAAUGUUGAGAAGAAAUAUAUAAUCCUGUUUAUCCCAAAUGGUUACGGCUUAUGAGGUCUAUGAUUAUAAGAACAUAAGAGUAGCAAAGAUUUCUAUUAAUAAACUAUCAUCUGAUCACUUGUCCAUCAAUUUUUCUAAAAAUUCACAUAGACUUAUAAAUAAUAUUUCUUCGAUAGGAAAUUAGAUUAUUUUUCAUUCGUCAUGUUUACUUUUUUAGAAAAGAUAGCAUAAUAGGAUUAGAUAUUUGAACAAGCUGCAUCCUUUUAUCUCAGUCUUCUUAAAAAUAUGAUCUUUUAUAAUUUGAUUGACCAGUACUCUUGGUUUGGCCUAGAUAUUUUAACAAUUGAUAUAGUCAAUAAAAAGAAUCGUAUUCAUUACCAUGUUCUACAUCGUUCUCAAUGUAAGACUCUACUUUAAUAUUAGACUCUCAAGCACGAUCAGGACUAUGUAGACAUAGCAAGGCUUUCUGGAACACUUUUAAUGAUGACUGGGAUCGUCCUCUCUAGAAAUUAUAUUUCCAGAUUUCCAGAUUUCCCUCAUAUAUACCUAUGGCCUUAUUCAUAUUCAACGGAGUUGGAUAUUUCUUGCUGCACUUGCUCUUCCAGACCAAUCACAAAGAGCAUUUCAACUCAUUUCUCUCGUGCUGAUACUUGCUUCAUUAUUUCCUGUGAACUCUGACUCCAUCGAAGAGACACCAGAUCUGCUUGAUCUUCUCUCUGACAGUACUGAUGCAUCUGGCAAUCGCAAUGUACAGAUUCGGAGAAAUAGACAAUGACUUGAUCGUAUCAGGAGUCAUGUCCAUCAUGUUCUUCGAUCUCGGCUUAGAGACUCAUCAAGGAAGACUCUCACAGAUGUACAAGAUGAUUCUGGAGAAUAGGAAACUAGCAAAGGAGAAGCAGAAAGUUGUACAGGAAUUUCCUCACCCAGUUUUGAUACUUCCUCAAAAAAUUAAGAAGUCUUCUCCUUGCUACUCUAACGACCAGUUUGAACAGAAGAUCAAGGCUCUGAAUCAGAAGGUACAAGAAUUAGACAAUAUAAAAGUUACCCUGAAGGAGAAAAAUGAGCUAGGCAAGAUUUGUCAUAGAUGAACCCUUCUCCAGCAUCUUGCAAGGAGUCAGAAAAUGAAACACUCUCAUUUUGAGGAGACAAAGUGGGAUGCAGUUCUUCAAUGAGAACAAUUUAUGAAAAAGAAUUCAUUUGAACAAGAUUGGUUAAAUAAUGAGAAUGAUGAAGAACAAGCAUCAAAUAGGAACUUCAACAUUAAGUCACUGAACAUUGAAUGGAAAGAAGUUCCUUCAGUUAUGCAUGUCUUCAUUGACACGACCGACAUUAUUAAUCUCGAGAAGGCCAAGAACAAGAUCGAGAUGCAGAAGAUCAUGUUCGCAAGCGCCAGUCAUGAGUUUAGGACUCCACUGAACGCAAUCAUAAAUUCUUUUGACUUCAUUAAGACUGGUUUAGAAGAGUUCUUAACAAUUGUAGAAAGAAGAACAUCAGAAAAUUUUCUGAAAUCUCGAGUAGUAGAAGAGCCUAUUGAAAUAAUCACCAAAUUUAUCAAGACCGGGUCAAUUUCAUCAGUAUUACUUCUCUCCCUUGUUGAAGACAUCCUGAACUUGUCUAAGAUUGACAAUGGAACUAUUAUAAUCAAGCAUGACCUCUUCAAUAUCCCCGAGUUGCUGCACGAGGUUCAUUCUUUGUUUGAAUUCCAAUGCUACAACAAAGGAGUUGACUUGAAGAUUGAAUGGGAAGAUGCUCUUAAUUUCAAUGAAAUAAGCACUGAUCGCAACAGAGUCAGACAGAUUCUCUUGAAUUUAGUCUCGAACUCGCAGAAGUUUACAUUUGGAGGCUUUAUCAAAAUUAAGGCUGCAUUCUUCAAAACUCUGGAGGGUCAAGACUUCUUGGAAUUCAGAGUCCAAGACACUGGUACUGGUAUUAAAGAAGAAAAUCUUGAUUGCCUUUUUAAACUAUUUGGGAUCGUUGAAAAGAAUGAAGACCUCAAUCCUGAUGGGUGUGGUCUUGGGCUCACUAUUAGCAAAAAAUAUGUUGAGUUACUUGGUGGAGAAAUUAUGGUCGAAUCAGUAUAUGGUGAAGGAACUGAAAUGAUAUUCACUAUUCUUGCUCAAGAAAUAAAAAGAAUUCCUUCAAAGAAAUCUAUAGUGAAGAUCAACUCUCCAGUGUUGUCCCGUAACAUAAUGCGAAGCCUUUCUGGAUCAGAGUCAAGAAUAAAUGAAGAAUAUAGUUCAAGGUCCAGAGUUGUUAAAAAGCCUGCUAUAAGUAAAUUUAAUACUUCCAAAUUCUCAUAUGCCAUAUCAUUCAACUUGCUUGCUAAAAUAUUAAUCACUUUUUUAUUAGGAUUCUUUGUUCUGAUAGUAAUAUUGGAUUGAGAAGGUGCUUCCAGGUUUUUUACAAUAUUCUUUAGCUUGAUAUUGCUCAUUCAGAGAAAGAAUCUCCAAUCCUAG